AUGAUCUUUCGACUAAGCCCUUGGAGAAUUGUCUUUGACAAAAGACCACCAUCCCGUUUAACAAGGGCCUUUAGUAGCCCGUACACCACUCUACCCCUGAACAUUCCCGUCGAGGAAGAGACUCUCCCGCAUUACAGGCCUGAGGAGUACUACCCAGUGAAUAUCGGAGACGUAUAUCAGGCCAGGUACCAGAUCACGGGGAAACUUGGCUAUGGGGCAUAUUCAACAAGCUGGCUAUGCCGGGAUCUUCAGAAUGACAAGUACAAAGUCUUGAAGAUGACCAAAUCGCUGCCAAAACACCCAACGGAAACCGAUCGCGAGUUAAGGAUCUACGAGCACCUGGCAAGGGUUAAGUCCACAAAUCCAGGUCAGUCGCUGAUUCGCGAACUCUACGACUCCUUUGAUGUUGAAGGACCUGUUGGAAAGCAUCGUUGUCUUAUUCUGCAACCCAUGGAUAUAACCCUUCUUGACAUGAUGAGUCUCAAGAAAAGACCUUUUGAUCUGCCCCUGCUCAAGAUGACGACCCAGCGACUCUUGAUGGCUCUGGACUUCUUGCACACUGAUGCCAACGUAACGCACGCUGACAUUAAAAUGGACAGUUUAAUGCUGAGCCUGGAGGACAGCACUAUGCUGGCUGACUUUGCAGAAGCAGAGGUCAGAGAUCCAAGUCCUCGGAAGAAGGUCGAUUCCUCUCGUACCAUCUACAAGAGUCGGCGAUUUCGUCCACCUGGUGAAGGCAGGUACGGAUUACCGAUACUAUGUGAUUUUGGCGAGGCACGAAUUGGAAAGAUCCAUGAAUCUUGCCCCUUCGUCCAGCCUCAUGUUUACCGGGCCCCCGAGGUUAUAUUUGAGAUGCCGUGGGGAAGUGCGAUUGAUAUUUGGAAUCUAGCGUGUCUGAUAUGGGAUGUCUUUGAGGGGGACCAUUUGUUCGCAGAUAUCUUUGAUUCCAGGGGCGGUCAUGACCCAUUUAAACAUCUGGCGCUCAUGGUGGCCUUGAUUGGACCGCCACCGAGCGAAUUCGUCAAACGGAGUGAGACGACGGAACAGUGCUUUGAUUCGAGCGGUAGGCCCCUCGACUGGGUUGCUCACGAGGAGGCAGCGAUCCCGUCUAUUUCACUGGAGGAUCGAGAAGAUCGUUUGACUGGAGAGGAGAAGGAAUUGUUUCUUCAAUUCAUUCGGUCAAUGCUCAAGUGGCUACCGGAAGAUCGCAAGACACCAAGGCUGCUGCUCGAAGACCCUUGGUUGCAUGAAUGAUUAAUCCGUGGUCCCUUCUGAACAGUCACCUUUCUGCAGCCAGCAUGGCUACCAUCAUCCGCUGCCUCGACUCUGUUAGGAACGAAGAGGCUAAUCUUUAUCUGAACUUGACCGUGACAGGACCGAGCCUGGCAAUAAGCAAGUCGAGACCUCAAACUUCCGCUGCAAAGCAAGAG